GAGAUCUGAGGCUGAUAAAAUGACUACAAAACAACCCCUCUUCAACCUAGACAAAGAUAAAAUAGACGAGCUGUAUAAACAUGGAGCAUUCCUUAUUGUUGAUGAUAUGCCUCAAGGUACAGAGUUUGGGGUGGACUACGCUAGCUGGUCAAUAGGACCCAAGUUCAGGGGCCUCAAGAUGAUACCACCAGGCCUACACUUCAUAUUCUACAGUGCUGUCAGUAAGGAGGGGACUGUGGCUCCUAGAACGGGAUUCUUUCACUGUUUUAAAGAGAAAGAGAUCGUGGUUAAAAGAUACGACACUCUACAAGAGACAAUACUAGAUAGUGAUACCCAGUACCAACCCAAAUGUAUUGAUACAAUGUUAGCUCCAUAUCCUUACCAGCACUAUCAGAGAUGGUGCAGUCUAACAACCCACGUGACCUCGACAACAGUAACACGUGUGCAGCCCCAAUGUAAACUGAUACAAGCUGCCACGCCCCUGCUUACCAAUCCGGACGCCGCGCAGGAUGUUGCACGUGCUACCUCGGUGGAGGAUAAACUGGAUGCUAAUUUUAUACAGGAUGAUUCACAGAUCAUGAGGUUCAGUAAGGUUGAUAGAAAGAGUGCUACAGCUGGAUUUAGUGCAGCCCAGCUUACACAGUUCUACAUGGAUACUACUUCGUCACUUAACAGUCUAAUCGAACAUUCCGGUUCAGAAGAAGAAUUAUUAGGAGAACUUCAGGUGUCCUUCAUAGUAUUCCUGCUAGGUCACGUGUACUCUGCCUUCGACCAAUGGAAACGUCUCGUGGACACAAUCUGUCGCGCCCAACAAAGUCUCUCUGAGCGCCCAAACUUCUACAAGGCAUUCAUCAGAACCCUGCACUAUCACCUAAAGGAGACACCAAGUGACUUCUUUGUGGACAUUGUGUCUCGUAACAACUUCCUGGUUACCACACUGAAGCUGUUGUUCGAGGGGCUGAGGGAAGAGGAGGGGGUCAGUGGUGAGCUGAGAACCCGAGGGGACAAGUUCAGAGCUCAUUUGGAGAAUUAUUAUACUUGGGAUUUUAAUUAUUGCGAGGAUGAUGAUCCUGUUGUAGUUGAAAUGUUUGAGCCGGGAUAAUAAUUACAACACC